CGCAUGGAAGGUGCCAUCCAUCCGAUCUUCCCUCGACUUGCAACUUGCGAAUAGCUUCAAGACCACCAAUACCUUGCGCAGCUACGGGGUACAAGUCGCAUUGCGCAAAGCGAUCUUUCUGGACCCGGCAUGCCCAGGUAACAAUGUUGUCGAAGCUGCACCGGAAUGGCACCCGCAUCCGCAGCAUCCCCCAAGCCCAUGGCAGCCGGUCCAUAUGUCUUGCGACCCUUGCUCCACGAUGUUCCUCUAUCGGCUGAGGGUAACGACGAGGAUAUUAAGAUUAACUGCGUCGACUACCUAGACGGUAACCUUUACGUUGGAACCUCCGCAUCCGAGCUGCUCCAUUUCUUCCGCAUACCACCCGAUCCCAACGAUCCGAACAGUACCGAUACCUUCAUCCUCGCCUCGAGACUACUUCCUGCGUACUCGGAAACCUCCGGCUCGCCCAAUGGCCCGAAACCGGGUGUCCAGCAGAUUCUGUUACUGCCCCGCGUAGGCAAGGCCUGUAUCCUUUGCAACUGGACAGUGACCUUCUACUCCUUACCCGAGCUGAGCCCGGUCUUUGGGACCACCCAGGUCAGGAAUUGUAACUGGAUUGGAGGGGUGGACUUGAACGAGAAUUUCGAUAAUCCAGGGACCGCCGUUACCAUUCUCCUUUCGCUCAACAGGCGCAUACAGGUGGUGAAGAUUGGGAACGAUGCUCGUGUCAUCAGGAAGAUCGACUUUGCCGGGAGCACUCUCUCAGUGCGGAGGGACUCAAUCGCAUGUGUUGCCGAUUCUAGGAGCUAUGCUUUGCUGGACGUUGAUCGGCAGCUCAAGAUCCCGUUAAUGAGCAUAUCGUCCUUGGAUGACUCGGCCCCUGGAGGGCAAUAUGGUCAAACACAAAACAUCGCAGGUCCUCCCGAAAAUGGAGGUCACUCAAGGAGCGCAUCCUCGGCGACAGCAAGACUCGCGCCUGCUGACUUCCCCAGCCACUCAAGAAGCACAAGCUUGUCCGGGUUGAUAGGGAACAUGCGUGGGAACCAGAGAUCGCAAGGAGAGCAAGAGGAUCCUGUAUUUCAACAGCCUGGCUCGCCGAAAGCUUCCAACAGUCCAGAGCGAAAACCGAGUCCAGCUUCGAACGAUGCGGACAAACCAUUACCUCCUCCCCCACGGGAUUCGGCGGCAUCUCUAGCGUCCCAAGCUUCUGGUACAGGGGGGAUCUCGCCGGCACGCAUAGCAUCGCCUAAACCGCAACCUGGAUUAGUCUUCCUGAAGCCACAUAUUGUGUCCCCUACACCAGAAGAGUUUCUGCUCGUAACUGGAACAGGACCCCUCGACCCCGGCAUCGGCAUGUUUGUGAAUCUGGAUGGUGAUCCUACGAGGCCCACCGUUGAGUUCGAGAGAUAUCCGCGGGAGAUCGCUGUUGAUGGGGGUGCGCCCGACGUUUCAUCUCCAGGGGCAUCGAUUAUGGGUCGUGAGGAUGAGGGCUAUGUCUUCGCUUCCAUGGGGAAGGAAUUCGAGGAUGGUGUACAUCAGGGCUUGGAGAUCCAAAGAAUCGAUGUGAAUGUAGCAGAGGACGAGGCAGAGAAGUUUUGGUUGGAAGUGCCUAACAAGGACGACUCAGCUACUCCUGCUGCCAACACCCCUAUAGGCAUCAGAUCACUCUUGGCUAGCGAAGAGAUGCAGUUUGAGGAGGUAGUUAAACGGCUGUGUCAGAGGAGAUUUUCGCCGUUCAACGGGGGCUCUGCAACACCCGCUGUGUCCACAAAGGGUGCCGACUCACGUACGAGAUCCUCCAUGGAGCGACUAGCACGAGAGAAGGAGCUAUUCGAUCGAGACCUGGGGUCGGAAGAGGAGCCGCUGCCGGAAAACUGGGAGACGGUGCGGAAUAGGGAGAAUGAGGAGUUUGUUCGUGUGCUUGCCAAAGGCUCAUCGCGCCUUGCUGUCUGGACAGGGGCGAACAUAUGGUGGGCUGUUCGAAACCCCCUGUUGCUUCAGUUGGAAUCGAGCCUUGAGUUGGCAACGUCUAAAGAACAACAGAGCAAUCCAAACAGCUCGGAACAGAAAACACAACUCCUCGGUCUCAUCAAAACCAUCAAUAAUCGGGAGCCCAAGACAGAGCUUGAGUUUAUGACUCUCGGAUACGUCAAGCAACGGGCCAGCAUCAUGCUUGUUACCCACUUUCUAAACUCUGCCGAAUCCCCCUUUAGCGAUUCUGAGACAAGGCAAAUGGAAGCAAGUCUUCUCGACGGUGACCUAGAUGCAAGAGUCGUCUUGUCACUGAUUCCCGCUCUUCGAAACGAGAUCGUCAUGGGCCAAAAGGGAAUUUGGGUCUAUGGGGGAAUCAAAUCUCUUGUCGAAGAGUACAUCGCAGCGGAGAAGGACAAGGAAGUUACGCAGACGGUCGAUUCGCUACCUCGACUUGUGCUCGACUUUUUACGCCGGUUCCUCACUGCUUGGAGAAACAAAAAGGGAUUCGGCAGUAUCUCCGCCGAGAUCUUUCGGACAGUGGAUGCGUCUCUGCUACUAGUACUCCUAGAGCUGGACAAAAACACGCCUGCGGGCAAGUCUGGCGAGCCUGGUUCGCCUCGAAAGGAACUAUACGAACUCGUGGACCACGGGGUUGACUGCUUUGAUAGGGCGGUAAGCCUGCUAGAGGGAUACCGCCGCCUGUACGUUCUUAGUCGGCUCUAUCAGCAACGUAAGCUGUCGCCUUAUGUGCUCAAAACAUGGAAGCGUAUUAUCGAAGGGGAAGAGGAUCGGGGCGGCGAGUUGGGAGGCGACGGCGAGCUGCAGGUCAGAAGGUAUCUCAGCAACAUCAGCAACCAGGAGCUGGUGAAGAAAUACGGUGUCUGGCUUGCUAAGCGUAAUCCCAAGCUGGGUGUCGAGGUCUUUGCCGACGACAAGAUCAAAGCACCCAAGUUGGUGCCAACCGAAGUAGUUGCCCUUCUAAGAGAAGAGGCACCUGAUGCAGUCAAGUACUAUCUUGAGCAUCUCGUGUUCAGAAAGGGCAGCACAGCCUACAUCAACGAGCUAAUCACGUACUACCUCGACAUUGUCAUCAACGACCUACAAAGCUCACCAGAAUCCCGAGCAACCGCCACGGCCUCCUACGAAGCCUACCGCGCCUUACGCCCUCCCAAACCCACAUACCGCCAAUUCCUAACCGACAACGCCCCUCCAGACGACGAAGCCUGGCAAAGCCGACUCCGACUUCUGCAACUCCUAGGCGGUGCGCACGACUACGACGCCGCCGCCAUCCGCCAACGCAUCGACUCCUCCCUAGCAGAAUUCUCUUCAGAGCACGGCGCAUCACACACCCAAAAGCAGCAACAGCAACCACAACAAAAACAACGCCUCCUCGUCCCCGAAGCCAUCAUCCUCAACGGCCGCCUCCACGACCACGAAGACUCCCUCCGCCUCCUCGUCCACCACCUAGGCGACUACGACUCCGCCGUCUCCUACUGCCUGCGCGGCGGGCUCUCCCUCUCUUUCAACAACAGCACGGCGCCUGCCCAGCAAAAACAGCCUCCACCGAGCCGGGAAACCCAAUCCCACCUCUUCCACGUUUUGUUAGCCGAGUUCCUCGCCAUCGAAGACCUCAGCGACCGCGUCGAGCAGACGGGCGCGCUGCUCGAGCGGUUCGGCGGCUGGUUUGAUGUUUUGGAGGUCUUGGGGAUGAUUCCAGACGGCUGGUCGGUGGACGUGGUGGCGCAGUUUUUGGUCAUGGCGCUGAGGAAGCUGGUGGAGGAACGGCAUGAGAGUUUGGUGCAGAGGGCGUUGAGCGGGGCGGAGAAUUUGAGGGUUGGGUAUGAGAGUGUGGUGAAGAUGGGGGAGAUUGGGCCGACGGUUGUUGGUGGUGAUGAUAAGAAGGGGGGAGGCGGAGGGGAGGAGGAGAUGCAGGAGAUGCAGGAGAUGGAGAUGGGGGAUAUGGGUGGGAGCAGCAGGAGGGGAGUUGGGGUUGGGAGUGAUGAUGAGUUUGCCCGAGACUUUUUUUCUUUGUAGUAUGUUAGCGAAAAUUUAGAAGGAGUUUCCAAUGUUCUUUCCAAGUACGUAAAUGUCAUUGUCGUACGAGCGUUUUGU